ACCCCCUCCCGUCGGUCCUCGCCCCCACCAUCCUCUACGCCUCCAGUUUGUUAAAUUAAUGCAGUAAGAAAGUCUGAAGAUCUGAGGGAGUCUGGCCAGAAGAAGAUGGGCAAGCUUAGAAAUUCCAGAUGCCUCUGAAAGCUUGGGCUCUUGAGCCCUGCUGGGAAGCCAUGGACCCCAGCAGCCCCUGAAAGUUGUGGUAGGCUCUCUUGCUCCUGCAGCCCCAAGCAAUGGGACACCUUUUCUGCAGGGAUCCCAACUUAUUCGGCGGGGACCAGAGAACACGGACUGCAAGGCGACAGCGGACAGGAACGGAGGCAGGGGAACGAGAUUCCGGGACUCGGUCGCGAUGCGCCAGCCUGGCACACUCUCCAACAUCUAACUGAAGCCAGCACCGUCACCUGCUCCACCCCCCCCCCCACCCCUAAAACCCCUCGGGCCAGCCCAGGGCCAGAAGGAAGAUGCCAGCCGGGUCUAAGGGUCCGAGGCCAGGGCUCUGAUCCCCACGGAUUUCUUCCUUUCAUGGAGCUGGCUAUUUCGACAGAAAAACAAGGGUAAAAAAGGAAGAAGAAGACUAAAGAAAAAAAGAAAAGAAAAGAAGAAAAUAUACCCACCCCCAAACGUGCCUCCCAGCGCCGCAGGGAGCCUCCAGCGAGUUGAGCUUCAGCCGCGCUCUUCCCGCCCGCAGCGGGCUGGACGCUCUCCGUGGUGCUGAACCUGCACGACCGCCGCUGUCCGCGGUACCUUAGCUGCCUGGCUGCAAUUCUCCCCCGGCUCUGCCACCUCGUCCCUCUACUCCCUGCCCCCUUAAACAUCUGGAUUAUUUCCCCCAGUGGCGCUCUCUGGCUUCGUAAGUGCCCAUCUGAAACAUUUUUGCAGCUCCAUAACUCGUGGACUUUACAGCACAAGAAUCUGGAAGAUGUACAGCUUCAACACUCUGCGAUUCUACCUUUGGGAGACCAUUGUAUUUUUCAGCCUUGCUGCUUCCAAAGAGGCUGAAGCUGCCCGCUCUGCACCCAAGCCUAUGUCGCCCUCGGACUUCCUGGAUAAGCUCAUGGGGAGGACUUCUGGGUAUGAUGCCAGAAUCAGGCCCAACUUUAAAGGUCCUCCUGUGAAUGUGAGUUGCAACAUCUUCAUCAACAGCUUCGGCUCCAUUGCUGAGACAACCAUGGACUACAGGGUCAACAUCUUCCUGAGGCAGCAGUGGAAUGACCCUCGUCUGGCCUACAAUGAAUACCCUGACGAUUCUCUGGACCUCGACCCGUCCAUGUUGGAUUCUAUCUGGAAGCCUGACUUGUUCUUUGCCAAUGAGAAGGGGGCCCACUUCCAUGAGAUCACCACUGACAACAAACUGCUGAGAAUCUCCCGCAAUGGCAACGUCCUCUACAGCAUCAGAAUCACCCUGACAUUGGCCUGCCCCAUGGACCUGAAGAAUUUCCCGAUGGAUGUACAGACGUGUAUCAUGCAACUGGAAAGCUUUGGAUAUACCAUGAACGACCUCAUCUUUGAGUGGCAGGAGCAAGGAGCUGUGCAGGUAGCAGAUGGACUGACCCUGCCUCAGUUUAUCCUGAAGGAAGAGAAGGACCUGAGAUACUGCACCAAGCACUACAACACAGGUAAAUUCACCUGCAUUGAGGCCCGAUUCCACCUGGAACGGCAGAUGGGCUACUACCUGAUCCAGAUGUACAUCCCCAGCCUGCUCAUCGUCAUCCUGUCCUGGAUCUCCUUCUGGAUCAACAUGGAUGCUGCACCAGCUCGUGUGGGACUGGGCAUCACCACAGUGCUCACUAUGACCACACAGAGCUCUGGCUCCCGAGCCUCCCUACCCAAGGUGUCCUACGUGAAAGCUAUUGACAUUUGGAUGGCUGUUUGCCUGCUUUUCGUGUUCUCGGCCCUGCUGGAAUACGCCGCCGUCAACUUUGUGUCCCGGCAACACAAGGAACUGCUUCGAUUUAGAAGGAAGCGGCGACAUCACAAGAGCCCCAUGCUAAAUCUGUUUCAGGAUGAUGAGGGUGGAGAAGGCCGCUUCAACUUCUCUGCCUAUGGGAUGGGCCCAGCCUGUCUGCAGGCCAAGGAUGGCAUCUCUGUCAAGGGUGCCAACAACAACAACACCACUAAUCCCGCUCCUGCACCAUCCAAGUCCCCGGAAGAGAUGCGGAAACUCUUCAUCCAGAGAGCCAAGAAGAUCGACAAGAUAUCUCGCAUUGGUUUCCCCAUGGCCUUCCUCAUCUUCAACAUGUUCUACUGGAUCAUCUACAAGAUUGUCCGGAGAGAGGAUGUACACAACAAGUGAAGGCUCUGGGGUGGGGUGGGGGGCUGGGAGAGGGUGGUGGGAGGAGCACAGAGGCUGGGAGCCAGGGGAGGAAGGAGAGAGGGAGAAAGAAAGGAAGAGCACACACCCAUCUCCCUCCACCAAGUGCAAUAGAAACCACAGGGGUGGAUACUUGCAGGGUAUGGCAAUAGCCAUCUAGCCUCCAAGGGCAUGAGGUGGGAGGUAUUUUUGAAUACAGCAACUAGGGACCAUGAGGGGUGGGUGGGGGUCAGGGAGGGGAUUGGGAAAUCACAGCUUUCAAAAUUCAAGUCCAUUGGGUUGAGGGGUGGGGGGGUUCCUGUUUGGAGGUCAGUGCUGCCUGCCCCAGAACAGGAAAGCAGUGUAAUAUAUAACAUUUAACCAUGCUUAACAUUAAUGCAAAACCCACCAGAACAAAAGAUACAUCUCUUAAAUCAGCCUAGUAACUGCUUAAACUUUUAAAGUCCCCAACAUGAUGGACAAUAUUUCCCAGAGUAGAAGUGGACACAAAUAAGCUUGCUGUGGUAUGUGCCCCCAUCACGCCCUUACAAAUGCCAUGUGUAUCUUUAAACUGACCCCCGUGGACACAUGCCAAAAAAAAAAAAAAAAAAAAAAAGCCAUUCCACCUCUGCUUCGAGAGGGUCACAUGACACAGACAUGGGUCUCGGAGAUGGAUAAAGGUGGACCACCAGCAGGAAGUCACUAAAGAAGAGGAUCAUUGCAGAAGCCCUCUGAUGGAGACUCCAGAAAACCCCACUGGGCACCAAGCUUGCUCCUCUCGCUUCUGCGCUUCAGCACUGGCCGGACUCAGCGCCAGCCCUACGGCCGUCACGGUCUUCUCGUUGUAUUACCAAUAUGCAAUUUUUUUAUUUAAAAAAAAAAAGUAAUAAUCUCAAGAAAUAAUAUGGGGAGAGACUAAGUAUAAACCCAUGGACUUUUUUCCAAAUGUCUAUUUUUUUGGAGAGUCUCUUUGGGACUGCAAGGAACUGUGUUAUGGGAAAGGUGAGCAGAGCCGAAACCUGUCCCAAUUGCCAAGCGGGGAGUCAAGCUUGAAGACGUGAAAGGGCAAAGGCAGCGGCGUGCAUGGGAAGAGACGGUGAUAUUUAGAAAGUCCAUUCAUUAUAUUUUGACAUUUCAUAUAUCAUAACAUGGGAAGUUUUGGGGGAAUGAUCCCAUUAUAUUUUUAUAAGCCUUUUUUUUUUUUAAGAUGCUUUGCACAGCUUUAACGUGUAGGAAAGUUAGACAAAUAUUUCUCUUUCCUUCCAACUCUGAAGUGCCAGAAUGGUCCCAGACUAGCCAGGGCAGUCCAGGGGAAAGCAACAAGGAUGAGCUGGGCUGGGAGAGGGGUUUCUGCUGACAAAUCUGGAUUUGCACAGAACCACCAUGGCACAGAGCCUGGAGCGAGGCAUUGCAGGUGCCAUCCUGCGUGUCAUGGCUAGUACACAGGAGUUACACUUCUGUCCUAGCACUUUACUGUCUUGGCCUUGAGCCAGUAUUGUAGGUAGGAUAGAGAUUGGUCAGUGACAAUCAGUCCUGAGUUUCCUUUGUAUCCUUCGAGCUAGGGAGCUCAGGGGCAGAUGGAAGAAUGGAAUGAGGAGAUGAUG